AUGGAACCCCUCAUAGCAGUCGUCGGUGCCACGGGCACCGGCAAGUCCAAGCUCGCAGUGGAAUUGGCUACACGCUUCAAUGGUGAAAUCAUCAAUGGCGACGCAAUGCAAAUGUACCGCGGCCUCCCCAUCAUCACGAACCAGAUCCCAAUCGAGGAACGAAAUGGAAUUCCGCAUCACCUGAUUAGCUGUAUCGACCUACACGAAGAGCCAUGGCGAGUAGGACUAUUCAAGAACGAAUGCCUCCGGAUCAUCAAGGAUAUACAUGGCAGGGGGAAGAUCCCGAUCCUGGUGGGAGGAACCCAUUACUACACGCAGACUGUUCUGUUCAAGGACCAGCUGGUUGGAGAUGGGAUGGCGGACAACCAGUCCAGCGAUGAGGAGGAGGACUCGGCAGUCAAAUGGCCCAUCCUCAACGCAUCGCCCGAGGUCGUCCUGCAGAAACUCAGAGAGGUCGACCCCGUCAUGGCGGAUCGAUGGCACCCAAAUGAGACGCGAAAGAUCCGUCGCUCCCUUGAAAUCUACUUCCAGACGGGAAGACCGGCAUCGGAAGUCUACGCUGAACAAAAGCGCCAGCGACAGACCGUUGCAAGCGACCCCGACUCGUCCACGGAAACUGGCCAGCUACGCUUCCCCACGGUGAUUUUCUGGGUCCACUCGGAGAAGGAGACGCUCAAAGCUCGACUCGAAAAACGCGUGGACGCAAUGGUUGACCAGGGUCUCAUGACGGAGGCGCAACGCAUGUCGGAUUAUCUCCAGGAGAAACAAGCGGAGGGCGUUUCCGUUGACCGCACUCGGGGCGUCUGGGUUUCCAUUGGAUUCAAGGAGCUGGCGCCUUACUUUGAGGCAGUCUACAAGGGAACAUCAAGCGAAGCAGAGUUGGAUGCACUCAGGAAAACCUGCAUUGAGUCGGUCAAGACCGCAACCCGUCAAUACGCCGUUUCCCAGGUCAAAUGGAUCCGAAAUAAGUUGUGGACAGCGCUGGCAGAAACUGGCAUGAAAGACCGCCUCUAUGUCAUGGACAGUACGAAUGUUGAUGCCUGGACGAAGUGUAUUACUGAACCCUCCGAACGUGUCGUCCAGUGCCUGCUAAACGGCGACCCUGCGCCAGACCCUAAAUCUCUUUCGGAGCUUGCGAGGACGACCCUGAGCGCGAGGGAAGCACAAGAACAGAGGAACGGGAGUUCCGAAGGAAAGUGCUUUACCUGUGAAGUUUGCAAGAAGACCAUGACCACCGAGGAUCAAUGGAAUAUACACCUCAAUGGACAUGCCCAUAAGAGGGCCCUCAAAGGUGCAGCUAGGAAGGCCGAGCGCGACGAGUAUCUGCGGAAACGACAGGAGGAAUUGGAGAAUGCCCAACAGAGCGAGCAAUAG